AUGCAGUCACAUCAAUGGCUCUGCCAUCUGUUCGUCGUCGCGCUUCUCCGCGUCUUCCGCCUCCUAUCCUCCUUUCCAUGUCAGCACCUCUCCUCCUUUCCCUCUCAGCCCCUCUCCUCCUUUCCCUCUCAGUCCCUCUCCUGCUUUCCCUCUCAGCCCCUCUCCUCCUUACCCUCUCAGCCCCUCUCCCCCUUUCCCUCUCAGCCCCUCUCCUCCUUUCCCUCUCCGUCCCUCUCCUCCUUUCCCUCUCAGCCCCUCUCCUCCUUUCCCUCUCAGUCCCUCUCCUGCUUUCCCUCUCAGCCCCUCUCCUCCUUACCCUCUCAGCCCCUCUCCUCCUUUCCCUCUCCGUCCCUCUCCUCCUUACCCUCUCAGCCCCUCUCCUCCUUUCCCUCUCAGCCCCUCUCCUCCUUUCCCUCUCCGUCCCUCUCCUCCUUUCCCUCUCAGCCCCUCUCCUCCUUUCCCUCUCAGCCCCUCUCCUCCUUUCCCUCUCCGUCCCUCUCCUGCUUUCCCUCUCAGCCCCUCUCCUCCUUUCCCUCUCAGCUCCUAUCCUCCUUUCCCUCUCAGCCCCUCUCCUCCUUUCCCUCUCAGUCCCUCUCCUCCUUUUUCUCUCAGCCCCUCUCCUCCUUUCCCUCUCAGCCCCACUCCUCCUUUCCCUCUCAGCCCCUCUCCUCCUUUCCCUCUCAGCCCCACUCCUCCUUUCCCUCUCAGCCCCUCUCCUACUUUCCCUCUCAGCCCCUCUCCUCCUUUCCCUCUCAGUCCCUCUCUUCCUUUCCCUCUCAGCCCCUCUCCUCCUUACCCUCUCAGCCCCUCUCCUCCUUUCCGUCUCAGCCCCUCUCCUCCUUUCCCUCUCAGCCCCUCAUCUCCUUCCCCUCUCAAAACGGUGCUGGCUGCCAUGGGGAACCCUGCCGCCCGCGCCCUGCGCGUCGCCUUACAGAAACACGGCCAGCCGGACAUCACAUAUGCCAGCUGGCAGCCACACUGACACGUGAAUUGGCACCCGGCUCAUUCACCCGUUUUUCCCCUUGUCCCUCCCUCACUUUCCCCUUGUCCUGCCCUCCGUUUCCCCCCAUGUUUCUCCCACCCUUUUCCCCCUUGUCUUCCCCUCCGCUUCCCCUUCUCCCGUUCAUCCUUCCGCUCUCGUCGCUCUCGUCGCUAUCGUGUCUCUUGUCGCUCUCAUCAUUCUGGUCCCUGCCGUCGCACCCCGUCGCUUCCCUCCCUCUAGACUAUCCCUCCCGCGCCUUCCUUCCCUCCACGCCUCUAGAUUAUGCUGUUUUACCCUCCGUCCCUAUGCGGUGUCCCCCCUUCCCUCAAUCUGCUUUCCCCCUUCACCCCGCCCUCCCUUUCCCUCUUUUCCUACGCGCAGCUUCCCCCCUUCCAUGCGCGCUCGCAUUCCCCUUCCUGACGAGCUGCUUUCCCCACUUCUCCCCGCGCGGCUCCCCCCUCCCUACGCGCUAG